AUGCUGAAUGCCAAAAACCCCGGACAGCCCAUUGCAGCUAUGGCGAAGACCAUGCGUGCAAUAUUUCUCGAGGCCCCAGGCCAGUUCUCGCACUCACUGGAGCAACUACACGGCGUGAUUGCAGAGUGUUUCAUCGCCACCCGUGGCCCCAAUGACUUGACUAGUCUGGGUGCACGACAAGAGGCACUCAUGAUCGUGAACGACCAUGAGGUUUCAAUUUCAGAAAUUGAAAGUAUUCUCGAAAUUUACAGUGACCUCUUGGACAAGGCAAUUGGUUUAUUCAGGGAAGAUUCACAAGAAGCCAUGACAAUCAAAUCGUAUUGUAUAAACGCCAUGGGUCUUAAUUGCGUUGCUUGGCUGCUAUGGGAAUUAGCUAGAUUUCAUGAUAACGCUGACAACGUCGACUCGCACAUUCUUGAUUUAAAAGAAUGCAUCUGUAUUCUUAAAUACAUGCAUAGAAAUGUUUAUGGACGCGGUACUUGGGCAGUAGCUUCAGAAGUUAGACUGGACAUGGCAGGAUCAGGUUACCUGAGAGAAGUGGUGGACAAUGAUGAGUGCAAUAGUUUUGAGGUCUAGCGUCAAUUGGGGAGGCAUGAUGGUUUCAGAUAUACGUCUUCAGUUAUCAAAGGUGGAACCCUGGCGGUGCAUAAUGGCCCAGGC